GUCGGAAGUGUUAGCAAGAGGCCAAACCUCUCAACUCUGCUUAAUGUUCCUUUUUGGCUCCGGCUCUGAGAUCGAGGCAGGGAGAGAGGAGGGGUACUGCAGCCUGACUGUCUAGGAGUUAAAGCUAGAUUCCUAGAGAGGAAGGGGGUGUCCUCCAGAAGAAGGAAAAAAACGCCUCCCUGCAAAGUGCUUUCCUUCCCGGCUUCUCACAUGGGGGCAAAAGUGGCCUUUGACCCUCCCAAGCGCUGUAUCGGUGGCCCUUUGGGGAUCUGCUACAAUGCACUGUUGACUCAUAUUCAGCUUGCUAUCAACAACAAUUCCAAGAUCUUUUUUACAUGUACACUGCUGAGCCAAGUGAUGUUGUUGCUGUUCUUGUUAUGUGCCUUCAAGUCGAUUACAACUUAUGGUGACCCUAUGAAUCAGUGACCUCCACGAGCAUCUGUCAUGAACUACCCUGCUCAGAUCUUCUAUUGCCCCGUGGAGUCUGUGGGAUCCUGAAGGCAAAAUGCCCCCUGAAUCUGAUCAAGGAUGAAAAUGAUGCACAGAAUUAUUAUCGGUCCGGAGACUUCCUCAUUAGUGCCAUCAUGUCUCCAAAAGUUAUUAUUCAGCAACUUCCAUACAUCUUUUCCAAGCCUCCCUUAACAAGGCUUCAGGGUUUUUCAGGCAGGAAGGAGUGGCAAAUCCUGUCCUUCAUGUUCACCAUCCAGGAGAUCAACCAGGAUCCCAGGCUCUUACCCAACAUCACCCUGGGGUACAGCCUCUAUGAAAAUGAUUUUGAUGCAAGGAUGACUUCUGAUGCCAUGCUAGACCUGCUUGCAGGUGGGAGAAGCAAUAUUCCAAACUUUAACUGUGGAAAACAGAAUAAGCUGCUGGCUGUUCUUGAAGGAGCUGAUUCUGUGAUUGCAAAAGAGAUUUCGACCAUGUCCGACAUCUACAAAAUCCCACAGCUUCACCCUUUCUUAAGAGAAAUCCAGUUUUUGAAUGCUUCAUUGGGUGGCCUGCAUUUGGAUGAGAAUGGGGACCUGCCAGGCAACUAUGAUAUUGAGAACUGGGUCAUGUUUUCCAAUGAGUCCCGUGUUCGAGUGAAAGUUGGGAGCAUAGAGAGAGGAAAGUCUGCUGACAUUAAACUCACCAUUAACCCGGAAGCCAUUGUGUGGCCCAAGCAGUUUAGCAAGACCGUGCCUCAGUCCAGGUGUACAGAAAGCUGUCGCCCUGGAUACAAGAAAGUGGCUAAAGAAGGAGAGCCGGUUUGCUGCUAUGCUUGUGCUCCAUGUGCAGAAGGGACCAUCUCCACUCAAGAAGAUGCAGAACAUUGCAACAAAUGCCCAGAACAUCAGUAUCCAAACAAGGACCUAGAUCAAUGUGUUCCCAAGAUUGUCACAUUCCUGUCCUUUAAAGAGUCUUUAGGGACCAUCCUUGUUUCUUUUGCUUUAUUCUUGUCAUUAACUACGAGUUUUGUUUUAGGAAUCUUCAUUAAAUAUAUUGACACUCCAGUAGUCAAAGCCAACAACCAGAAUCUUUCAUACAUCCUCCUUAUCUCCCUCCUGCUUUCCUUUUUGUCCUCCUUCCUGUUCACCAACCGGCCAAGGAAAACAACCUGCCUUCUCCGACAAACAGCCUUCAGCAUCAUUUUCUCAGUUUCCAUCUCUUCUGUCUUGGCAAAAACCAUCACUGUAGUGCUAGCCUUCCUGGCCACAAAGCCAGGGGACAGGGUGAGGAGGUGGCUGGGGAAGAGUCUGGCCAACUCCAUUGUCAUUUCCAGUUCUAGUAUCCAAGUUGUCAUCUGCACCAUCUGGCUAGUGAUCUCUCCCCCAUUCCCAGACUCUGACAUGCAUUCCCAGCCUGGAGAAAUCAUCCUGCAAUGCAACGAAGGUGCUGGGCUCCUGGGCUGCAUCUUCCUUCCCAAAUGCUACAUCAUUGUACUGAGGCCUGAUCUGAAUACAAAGGAGUGUCUGAUAACAAAAACUAAAGAUGGCAUCUGA